CGUACACACUGAUCUUUCUCUGCUGGGCUGUGUGUAGAUGUCGGUGGAGAAGGGACUUUAGUCGUGCCGGGACUGAGCCGCCGUCCAGUCCUCUCUCUCCCCCUUUCUUCUUUUUUAGUGAAAACAGCUUUGUGGCCGCGCCCGUUCGCUCUCUUGUGUGUUUUGUUGUGUGUGUGUUGUGUGUUUCUUGUCACUCACGAAAAAUUAAGGAAAAAUUACGGAAAAAAAAACAAACAUCCAUCGAGCGAUAAACCGAAAAGUUUUGUUUGGCGAAAUUUUUCAAUUUUUGAUCGAAACCACAACAUAACGCGCCGCCGCCGCCGCCGCUCUGCUGCCGCUUCUUCUGCGCCAGUUUGUUGUUUUUCUAUUUCUUUUUUCGCCCAGUUGAUUUCCGAUUUAGCCGUCGCCGCUGCAAAGAGAAGUUUAAGAGAGAUAACACACACACGAAUUGAAUCGCGCUGCUUUUGUUGUACGAUUUUUAUUUGAUCGUCAAACCGCAAGCGACCACCGCAUUUUCUCACUUUUCCUCUUUGGCUCUGAUUUUUUGGUGUGUCUGUGUGUGUGAGUGUGUACGCCCGUGUGUGUGUGUGUUCCAGCAGCCCCAACACACUGGAGAAAAGAAGGGACGUACAUUCUUUAGAGUUUUUUGGUUUUGUUGAAAAUUGGCUCCGCUCCGCUGCUGCCGCCGCCGCCGCUAGAAAUUCCCUGUUAUCUUCUGAUUCAGAUCAUCACACACACACUUGGGGACAACAACAACAACAUCCACAGGUUCUCACUUGAAAAAAAAUCGGCGCGGAUUGUCAUCGAAAUUUUCUCUCUCUCGCUCGUCGCUUUUUCUCUGUGCGGCUCAAAGAAACUCAACACGUCGCCGGAUCGUGAUUACAUAUGCGUCUCGCUCCUUCUGAUACAUCAAGACAACAACUCGCAACUCUCUCGUGUGUCUUGUGUGGUUCUUCUUCUUCUUCUCCCACCAUCGAUCCAUCACGCACGCCAACCGAGGGAGAGAAACGAAAUAUAAAUUGAGUUUUUUAUUCUUAUUCCCCCCCCUCGAAAUCAUCGAAACAAAAAAGGAAAAACUUAAACUCGCGAGCUCUUUUUUCUUGGUGCAGACAGGACAUCCAAAAGGAGGAUUGUGUCGACAGCCCCCCGUUCUUUGUGUGACGUCAUCCCGCUUCCUUGAAAAGAAACCGAUCCUUUUGUUUGUGUGUCUAUGUGUGUGAUUGUGCCGUGCUUUUAAUCGAUCGCGUAGACAACAAUUUUUCCGAUUCAUUCAAAAAAAAAAAGAUCGACCGGAUCAAAAAACUCGAACUCGGUAGGGGAAAAGACACACACGAAAAUAAUCGAAAGUCGACUAGAAAAGUGGAGUCGAUUAGUGACCGUGUGCGUUGGUGUUGAAUCAUCAUCAACAGAAAACAGGCCGAGACCAAUCAUCAUCAUCAGCUGCUGCUAGCGCCCAGUGCUGGCCCUCCUAGAGUAACCGUCUGAAUAGUAUGGCUGUGGUGAACGUCAACAAUCUCAAUAACAUGAUCAAUGCCAAAGACUCGCGCUGGCUCCAGCUGGAGGUCUGCCGCGAGUUCCAGCGCUCCAAGUGCUCCCGCUCCGACUCGGAAUGCAAAUUCGCCCACCCGCCAGCCAACGUCGAGGUGCAGAAUGGACGCGUCAUCGCUUGUUACGACAGUAUCAAGGGCCGAUGCAACCGUGAGAAGCCGCCGUGCAAAUACUUUCACCCACCGCAGCACCUCAAGGACCAGCUGUUGAUCAACGGGCGCAAUCACCUUGCCCUCAAGAACGCGCUGAUGCUUCAAAUGGGCAUGGCGCCGGCUGGCCAGUCCGUCUUACCAGGACAGAUACCCACUAUCGACUACGAGUUUCGGCCGGUGAGAUGUCUACCGUCUUCCGUUCACGAUUGGUGUGAAAUGUCUGCAUCUCCGUACCUGGGAAUGCCACAGUUGAGUUCGCCCUACAGUCACUACACGAUGAGCGCCAGUCCCAUGCUGCAGGUGGUCUCGCCGGCCGAGGCGGCCGUCAACUCUCAGCUGGGCGUCGUGGCAGCCGCUCAGGCCGGUGGCGCCGGAGUCGGUGGCUACCACGGGGCGCCGGCCAACAAGCUCCAACGCUCCGACCGCAUCGAGAACGAACUCAACAACCAGCUGCCCAGCAGCAACACAACGUUCUAUUUUCCGGCUUACCCUGGGAUGAUGCAACAAUACAAGCGCUCUGCCGGCGACAAGAAUUCGGCGGCGCAGAACAUGGCGGCCGUGUACCAGCAGCACCAGCAGAGCGCGGCCAACGCGUCGCACCAGGCGGCCAUGACGGCCGCGGCCUACCAAGCCCAGGCCUUGAUGCAGUUGCAGCAGCAGCCUUACGGCGUUCCCGUCUCAUGUGAGUACAACACUCUGGUCUCCUCCUCCUCCUCCUCCACUUCCACCACCUCUGCCACUUGCUCCUCCUCCUCGUCCACAACUAGCAAUCCUCCAGCUGUCACAAUCAACAAUCUAGCAGCUACUACUACUACUACCACUACUACUGCUGCUCCUCCUCAUGCUCCUGCUGCUGCUCCUGGUUUGGUAGCCACGGCGGCGGCAAACGUCACCACUUCUUCUUCUUCUUCUAUUCCUUCUUCCAUUCCUUUAACCUCUUCCUCCUCCUCGACUGGAGGUCUCCUAAUCGCAGCCAAUCCUUGUCCUUCUUCUUCUUCUUCUUCUUCUUUGACAACCAACACGACCACGACCAAUAGCUCCUCUUUACACAACCCAAUCGCUUCCAGUGCUUCUUCUUCUUCUUCUUCUGGUUUCAAUUCGAUUUUGCCCGCAUUGUCGACGGCCGCUGGCCCUCUGGCCCUUGGUGGUGGUGGCGCCGUCAAAGUCUCGUCUGCUGCUGGUGGUGGUGGUGGCCUUCUCCAGCCUCCCACCGGCUUGAGUUUAGCCCUGACCAACGGUAAUGCGGCCGCUUACGAGGCGGCCACUCUGGCCGCUCUGACCAACUUCUCCAACGCCAAACGGGCGACGGAAGAGUCUGAGCGGGCGGCCGCCGAAAUGGAAGCCCUGGCGGCCGCCGCUGCCGCUGAGGAGGAGGAGGACGACUCCUCUUCCGCCUUGUGCAUGAGCAAAAACAACAACAACAUCAACAGCAUUAGCGGCUGCAUUAAUAGUAGUAGUACUGUUGUUGGUACGAGCACGAUUAGUCACGGUAGUACUCUUAGUAGCCAACUCGGCGGCCAUUUUCCCACGUCCGCCUCCUCCAUUUCUUCUUCCGCCGCUCCCACGGGCGCCUCGAUCGCCUCCCUGAUGAGUUCAGUCGGCGCCGGCAUCAAACGGCCGCGCUCGCCCAAUUCCAGCCAACAACAACAACAGCAGCCGCACCAAAUGUCGAAUCAUUUGGCGUCGCAAUUCUCUUCCAACUCGCCCAGUCUCCUCUCCUUCCCGCCUUCUUCCUCGUCCAUCUCCUCCACUUCCGCCUCGGCGUCGUCGGCCUCCUCGUCGGUGGCGACGGCAGCUGCGGUCGCCGCCGCGGCUGCAGCGGCCGCUUUGCACUACCCGGCCCUGCAGCAGCCGCAAACGGCUCUGGCCUACACUGGCGUCUCGUUGAAUAAGCAGCAACAACAGCUGGCACAGCAACAGCAACAACAGCAACAACAACAACAUCACCAUCAGAUGGCCGCCGUGAGUGCAGCCUCGAUGGCUCCCGGCUCGGCCUCGUUCCCCCAUCAGAUCCAGACGAGUUUGGCCCAGGCCAUGCAACAGCAGUACCAGCAAUAUCUCAAUCCCUAUUACAGUCUGGCCCAGGCUCAGGUCCAGCAACAGGUCCAGGUCACUCCGGCGGCUUUCGCCAAUCCCAGUUACGGCGUCAAUCCGUUCGCCGCCGCCGCCGGAAGCGCCAAUCAUUUGCUAAAUAGCGGUCAUGCCGCCCUCGGGCUGGCCUUGUCCCACCACGGACUAGCGGGCCAACACGGGCACCAUCAAGGCUUGAACGCUGGCCAAUCGCCUCAGGCUCAAGCCGUGGCCGCCGCUGCUGCCCAGCAGAUUCAGGCCCAGCAACAGUUGGCCGCCCUCCAGCAGUUGAUGCAGCAGAAUCCCGGUCUGAUGGCCGCCGCGGCCGCUGCCGGCUAUCACCCGGGUGCCCAUCACCCGCUGUCCGGCUCGGGCUCCGUUAACGCCUCCAACUCCUCCCAUCAGGCCGCCGCCGCUCAGGCUGCAGCGGGCAGCGCUCUCGGUAUGUACGCGGCCGCAGCCGCCGCCCAGGCUCAACUGGGCAAUCACUUUAGUAGUUUGGCCCAUUUCAAUCAGCAGCAACCGAGUCAGCAACAUCAGCAACAACAGCAGCAGCAGCAGCAGACGCAAAUGCAUCCGCACAUGCAUCCGUCGCAGUACAUUCAGUCGUUGACCGGCCAGGCGGCCGCCAUGAGCCGCGGUGGCGGUGGCGUCGUGCCAGUGCCCAAUCCGGCCGCUGCUGCCGCUGCCGCCGCCGCCGCUGCGGCCAUGGCCAACGCCGGCCUUCAACCGUACAAAAAAAUGAGGACCAUUUGAAUCCAUUAAAAAAAUCAGUAGAAAUUCAAUUUAAAAAUAAAGAAAAAAAAAAGAUUGAUUGAGAAAUUUACAACAAAAAAUGUGACAUAAACAAGGGCCAUAAUCCAGUUUGAUAACUUUUAGUUUAGUCGAGUAGACGACAUGAUUUCUGUCAGUUGAUUUAUUUUUUGAAAAAUUCCUUUUUCAUUUGAUUACGGAUUUUCAAUUUUAGAAAGAAACAAAACAGUUGAGUAAUCGUUUUUUAUCUCUCCCUAUUCGUCGCCUAGCUCUCCCAACUCUCUUUUUUUUUAUCCCCUGUCGUUAUUUUUUUUUGAAAAUAUUUUUUCUUUGGCUCGAGUUCAAAUUUUGAAAAAAAGAUUACAGUUACCGAGAGAAGAGGACGAGACACAAAAUAGGACAAUCCUAGUCGUUGCGCAAAAAAAAAGGUGGGCCAAUUCCAAAACCAACAAGAAAUCAAUUUCUGUCAAGUCGUUUGACUACUAGUGUAGAAAAGUUUUUUUGUCGACUUAGGAUUUUCUUUUUGGAACAGACAAGAUAAAAUGUGAAACAAUUGAUUGAAUUCGUGUAAUGAUUAUUAUAGUUUAGGUAGUGUGAUUAGAUCGUCGUAGGUGUUGUCUUAUUAUCUAUCGCCACCCCCCUCCCCCCACUUCGAAAAAAAACGUGUGUUGACGCCAUUGUUGUAUGUUAGAGCUGUAGCUGCUAGCAGAUUCUUGACACAAACACACACACACCGAAAAGUGCCGGUUUCAAUUUCUCGCUCGUCGGAGACGCUAUACGUACAUUAUAUCUAUCCUUGAUAUCAUAUCAUUUACUUUGAGAAAUUGAUCCUUACCUUUCCAUCCACCUAUACUCUCUCCCCCUCCCCCCUCCAAAAAAAAAAAAAAAAAAAAAAAAAAAAACGACCGAAAACCCAAAAAAUGUUGAAUAAGCCAAAGAUUCAUACACACAUUCCUUUCUUCUCUGUUUCCUUUUUUCUACAAAGAAAAGAAUAUUUGAUUAUAUUACACGCAUAUAAAAAAUAACAAAAAAGGGAGAGAAUGUCGGAAGAAGAAGAAGAAGAAAAAACAUUUAAAAACAAAAACUGAGAGCUGGUCUUGGUGGGGAUGUGGUUGGACGUUGCUGGUCUAUUCGCUUUUUCUUCUCCAAAAAAUUCUUUUUUUCAUAUUCUUUCCUUGAAACAUUCCCACAACCUUUUUUUUAUUACGUUGCUCGAAAAAAAAAGAAACCCCUUCGAUUCUUUUGCCUUUUUAUCCGAUUCCUUCCCUCCCUCCCCCUCGUACACACUCACGCACCACACAAAACAACACACAGAUACACACACAUCAUCUUUUAUUGCAACCCUAUCUUCCCCCCCGCCAAAGAAAUAUUCAUUCCUUUUUAUUUAAAAGGAAGGGGGACCCAAAAAUCUUCCCGUUUCUUUUCUUUUUGGAAACGUACCAAAAAACAAACAAAUCCGCAAAACCCAAAUUGUUAUGAAUUUUACCAGCCAAGAAAAAAAAAACAAAAAAACUACCUUUUCUCUUUCUCACCUUUUCCUACCUUAAUUUGGUCAAAACUUCUGCUACAGUGCUAUUUGACUCGCCCACCAUCACACACAGUCACCAAACAACACUCACAACGCAAACACUGAAAGUCUCCCAUUUGGGAUUUUCGGGAGGAAUUUACCGGGGGUCAGAGAGGACAAAGUAUUUCUAGUUUUUAUUUUAUUUAUUUUUUUUAUUAUUUAAAAAUUUCUUUUUGAUUUUUUUGAAUGGGGAAAUUUACUAAUAACCCUCCCGCUGGUCUUGACAAUGCCAAGUUGGUCUUAGCUCUUUUUUUUUUGUUUUAAUUCUAUUCUACUGCCAGUGAUUUUGAACGUAAUUUCUCCCCUCGUUUUCUCUUUUAGUAUCCUUUCUGAACGCAACAGUUUUCCAACUAAUAAUUUGACUGCUGAAUGCAGCUUGAGUUUUUGUGACUUUUACACAAUCGCAAGAGCAGUGUCGUAAAUGCUCCGAAUUACAUUUUCUGAAUUUGACUGGUCGCCCCCAAAGAGAAUGUUCACUUUCUUAUCAAGCGCUGUCCUCUCGCCCCGGAUUGGGAAAACGAAUAAGAUCAAAGAUUCCGGUUUUCCCAUUUUUCCCUUUUUAUUUUAUUUUUGAAAUAGUUGAUUCGAUUCCAACCCCAAACGAAAAUGCCAAAGUGUGAGAGACACGCAGGGGGGACUUUCAAUUGACUACCAAAUGUGGGCUGGUAAAAUUGAAAGAAACCCAAAAGACACGUUUUUGUUACACGAAGACACGUAGACACACGCAAAAAGACCCGGACGUUGUUGAUUUGCUAAUGGCGAGUGAAAAUUUUCAUGGAAGCUGUGCUAGUAUAUAUCUAUUGUGGCGUUGUUCGUUGACUUACCAAGUAUAUAUUUAUCUAUCAAGUAGAUGCCGCGAAAGUGCAUGAAAUAAUUUUUGCUCUUGUUAUUUGGACGUUUGCCCUGUCCUCAUUUGCAUUUCCGGUUUUUCCCCCAACCACCCUCUGCCCCCCGUCUCUUUCCCCUCCGUUGAUUUCUCAGUUUUCCUUGGACUCGGUGAAAAACAAAAACUUACAGCUUUUCUGAAGUGCAAUUUCGAGGGAAACAAAUUUAUUCCACAACACAAAAACAUUUGCUUUAAAAAAAAAUUUUCAAAUGCCGGGAGGGAAUAAAAAUGCCGUCACACACACACACACACACACACAAACUAUCCUUGUCUCCCGCCGCUAUUUCUUUUUUAUUUUAUUUUAAAAUUUUUUAUUUUAUUAUUUUUAUCUUCUCAUUUCUCUGUCCGGUGAUCGGUGAUUGUUUUAUUUUUAUUUUAUUUUUUUAUUUCCAACAAUCCAAAAUAAUCAUGCAUCCAGCUGAAUUUAUUAACACGCAUUCCGAGAAAAAAAGAAAAAAAAAACACACACACACACACAACAAGAAACACAAACGUUCUCACAAACCUUCUCCCAUUUUUCCUCCUAUUUGUUUUUUUUAAACGUAAAAAAAAGAAAUAACCAAGUGUUGAUUAUUUAGUGCCAAUCAAACAAGAGGCGUUUUUUUUACGAGUUUAGAAAUUUUCAUUUUUACAUUUUUUGAGCGUGAAUUGAAUUGCAUUUUAUUUGUCUUGUCUGGAUGGGGGGGGAGAUUUUGGAACCAAAAGAAAGUCGUUUUAAAUGUUCUCAUAUUAUGCGUCGUUGAUCGAUUUAAAAGUUAAGAAAAUUCAAUUAGAAAAUGCAAAAAAAAAUUAUUUUAAUAACCAAAAUUGCGUGUUUUUAUUGGCCGUUGAAAAAGUUCAUUGUAGAUUCAAAGAUUGUUAUAAAUACGACAUGGGCUUGUCUAAUUUUUUCUUGGGCAUUUAUGGUAACACACACACACACACACACACACCAACAUCUACACCGAUUUUUUUUUCCAUUUCGAGAUAAAAAGAAAAAUUGCAGGAAGAAAAUCCCCCUCUCUCCCGUUCCCCAUGUUAUACACCACAUUGUCUCUUUUUUUACUUUUUUUUCAAUGGCUAUUCGGCGCUGUGUUGUACAUGUAUUGGCAGAUAUUUUCAUUAAUAAUAAUGGCUUCUUUGAUCUGUGCAUGAGUUUUUCGUUAUUGACCUUCGUAUUUGCGCGCCUCUUUUUGACAUUUUACUGCCAAAUCCCCUCCGGAAAAACAACGACUCACCCAACACCUUGAUUUGACCCCGCCUACCCUUUAUUUCACGUCACAACCAAAUUUAUUGAUUUGUAUUUUUUUUUAUUAUUAAUUAUUAUUGUAUUAUUUUCUACGGUUGGAUUUGGGUUCGAAACUUAGACUUAGGCGGAAAAUAGGCCGACGCAAAAAGCUCUUUUUAAAAAACAAAAUUUCCUUAGCUACUGUCUCAGUUUAUUUAUUUUUUCUGUGAACGGGGGAUAAUCUUCUCGGUCGUAUUUCGCUCUACUACUUCAACGCUUCCAUACAAUGUACUAUAACACAUUCCAGCAGCUAGCCUUUUAUUAUUUAGACCGCAUUCUCCUUUUUUUUCUCUCCUGUAAUCUAUUGCCUGUUAUAUAUUUCUCUAUUUCGCCGUACCGCUGAAUUAGGACAUAUCAAUUCAUUUUCUUUUCAUUUCCUACGACUUUUUUUUUUGCUCUCUCUCUCUCUAUCGCCCCAUCUACCCAUAUCUGUUGAAUAUAUUUAGACGUUUAUCUAUUUCUGUCUGUGCUUCAAAAAGAGCCUUAUUAAUACCGUCUCAUCCAUGUGUCUGUGAUCCGCUUACAAAAAUCCCCAUCGCACACACCCUCUUUUAUUUUUCUCUCUCUCUCCUAUUUUUAUUUUAUCUCUUUUCGCUGUUGAAAGUCGUCCCUUCGAUACAACAUCCGCACACAACACGUUAACCAAAAAAAAAAACGAAAAAGAAAACCACCUUUUGAUCAAGUCUAAACAAAAUAAAAUAUUGUUUUUUUUUUCUUUUUUUGGCAUCAGCGUGUUGGCUUUCCUGGAAUUCAUUCUCGAAUGAUUUCAACAGGAAAUUCAAAGAAACCGCUAGGAGAAAAAAAAAAGAAGAAAAAUGGAAAAAGAAACAAAUCGCUUUUAUGCUCUUUCAUUUGGUCACGAGCGCUGCGUAUUUCUGCUUAAAAAAAUCGUGUUUUUUCUUCCCCCUUUCCAAAAAUAAAUACCAAAACAUGAAUUAUUUAUAAUAUUCUUGUAUUAUAAACAUGAAAAAUCGAUGUUGUUUGCGUUAUGUAGUUGCGGGGCGCCUUUACACAAUUUUCCAUAUCUUAUAUCCUUUUUUUGAUUUCUUUAUCUGCAAAAAAGAAAAAAUUAUUUCGUUUUUUCAUAGAAACACCUCCUUAUUUGCUCCCCUCAAACUUUCCAGCAGAAAAAAUUGUCCUAAAAAAAAAUAUUAACUUUUUUUGAAACUAAACUUAGUUGGCAGCUGCUUCCCCCCACUUCCAUUUUUCAUCUUCUUUAACUUAUUCUUCGCCUUGCGGCAUCCUCAGCUUUUAUAGUAAUCUCACAUCCACUCAGACACACGCGCUAUAGAAGACGUUUUUGUGAUGGUAAUCGUUUCUGACUGGCCCGUAGACGUCCUACUACUAAUUAACGUGAAUGUAGUUAGUCUGUUUUGUAGUCGACUGCUGUCCGAGUCCAGAGAAAAGGAAAAAAAAAAAGCCUUUCAAUGGACACAUUUUGACCGCAACGAAACACACACAAUAUUAAUCAGCGAAACUGUACUCUGUAUUAUAAAAUUUACGCUAUCGUGCAACGAAAGUAGUUGAUUGCCGGCCAAACAAAAAUUACGAAACAAAAGUGUUUGUGACGCGCAGAACGUUGGGUUUCUUUGGAAUGAUCUUCGCUUGAUUAGAUAGAGCAAACAAAAGAACAAGCAAAACACGGAACAAAAAACAAGAAGAAAAUCUAAGCAAAGCCAAACAAAAGAUGGUGGUGCUCACUUUUUUUUUUCUUUUUUGCUCCACGGCUUUUAUUUUUUAAACAAACAAAAACAGAACAUUUGGUAUAUUCACACCACACACGGCAUUGUAUAAUCAGCCGGGACGGAAUCAGCAGGUAAGUAUGUGUCAAAAUUUUUAUUUUUUCUAUUUCGUUUCAAAUUUUUUGUUCAAUUAUUUAGUUUGUCCUGCAAGUCGGGAUUGUUUAUUUUUUUUUCUCUUAGCUAUUUAUCAAAUGGAUGCCUGAUUGUUGCAUUGUUAAAUUUAAAAAGAAAAAAUUAAAGAAAAAAAAAGAUUUGGUGGAUUUGCAUUUAUAUCCUUUGCCUGCAAGAUCUUUUUUUCUCUUCUGUUGUUGUGUUGGGGUGAUUCGUGUUGACUGCCUUAGAUAAAGAAAAAAAAAAUUAAUUAAAAAACAAAAAACGAAUGAAAUAUUUUGUUUUUCCUAUUUAAUGUCUUGAAUAUUUUCUACUCCUAUUUUGCAUGCGACUCGACUCUCUCUCUGCUUUUGCUCGCAAUUAUUUUCCUGGCGUGGACUCUUCGAUCCCGGCGACAUCUUCGAAUGUCAACCCAAUCUCGACGCGCCUUCAACAUUUUAAUUUUCCACGUUCGCCACAUUAAUUUCACACGCAUGUUGUUGUACUGUUUUUCUUCUUCUUCUUUUUUCUUCGUUUGUUAUUUGCCUGCCACGAAUUGUGGAUGCCGUGUUUGACAUUAUUUUGUUUGUUUUUCUUCCGCUUGACAUAUUUAUUGAAAAACAAUAUUUCAUCGGGAUUGUAAAUUUUUGCACGAACACUCUACUACCAUCCUGAUUCUCCUCCUCUGUUGUGGUUUGGUGGUGGUGGAUGUCUGGUGAUGGUUAUGCUAAACGACAAUUACCCACACAACCCUACCAUUCGGAUAUUGAUUGUGAUGCGCGUCCUCACAGUAUCAACUAACGUUCUCAGUGUCAACUACACUGACGAACAAGGCCAAUUACUGGACACCCUCCCGGUCUGCCGCGAUUUUAAGUACGGCGAAUGCAAACGCGCUGCCUGCAAGUACAUCCACCUUCUCGACGAUCACGUGGAGAUUACAGACAUGCGCGUUACCGUGUGCCGAGAUGCCGUGUCUGGCAAAUGCCUCCGGAAUUCAUGCAAAUUCUAUCACCUUCCUAUCGUGUUGCCUCAUCCGGCCACCCUCGCCUCGUCUCUGGCUCGGUGAAUCAGUUGCCACAUACACAAACACUCACACAAAAAACACACACAGACGAUGAUGCUCCCCCCCAUCAACAUUUAACAAGACAAGACAAAUAAUUCUACAGAAAAAGCAAAAAAAAGCAAAAAAAAACAACAAAAUACCAACACAUGAUCUUCGUGCUCUUCUCUUCCAUCAUCUCCAUCAAGUCGCCGACACGUUUUCUCGUACUCCCGGAACUCCGCGUACGGUUCACAUCCUUUUCUCCCCACCUGUUAUAAUCCCCCCCCCCCCAGAUGAUUUAUCUCUUUUCUCCAUCCAUCUUUCUUCUCAAGAGACACAAACUUCGAUUUCUACUUCUUCUCUCCGACAAAACAAAACAAAACAGAAUUCUCAACAAAUCACGUUUGUUUUCAAAUUGGUCUCGUUGACUCAAGAUCAUCAGUUGUCGUCGUCUCCUCGAUCACGAAUUUGUUUCUAUCGAUUCUCUCCCCCAUUUUAGGUUCUUUCUCGAAUUUUGUUUUAAAUCUUUCCAAUUCUUCGAGUAGCGUACAUGAACUAUCUUUUCUUUCCCCGUUCGUUCACUUCGUUCACGGACCAAGUCCGCCUUCAAGAAGACUGAAAAAGAUUUAACAAAUUUUUGACCAGAAAUUAAAAAAACAAAUUUUUUUUUGAAAAAGAUUCGAGACCAAAAAAGCUACCAGAUGAAACGACAAAAGUCCCGCUAUCUUUCUGCCUCUCCUACUACUCCAUUUAAAAAAAAAAGAAAAAAUUGUCUCACAUCAAAUUAUAGUUUAAGUUUAGAUGCAAAACCCCGGUGAGAGAAGAACACGCACCCUCCCCCACCCAAAAAAGGAAGAGAGAGUGAGAGAGCGAGCGAAUGUUGUGUUUCUGUGUGUUGUACCGUGUGUUCGUCAGUACCCUUGAAAAGGGGCGAUUUUGUCAUCGGACACAAGAGAACGCUAAAAAAACAAAAAUUGCCAUACCCAUUUGAGAGGAAAGGAAAUUCAACCCAAUGCAAAAAAUUUUAUUAAUUUUUUUCCCUUUAAAAAUUUAGAAGAAACAAAAUAGAAAAAAACAAAAAAAAACAAAAGAGUUUUUUUAAAAGAAUAGAAAAACAUCUCCCCCUUGCUGGAAAGAAAGGCUUAGAUGCGGAUGGGAAUGAUGUUGUUGUGGUCUAGUCAAGUCCACGGAUCUAAAGGGUUAAUGUGUUUUGUGUACUGUACGUAGACAUAUCGGAAGGGAAGAAAGAAAGAGAAGAAAUGAUAUUAUCGAGACGGAUUAUAAUGGGCAAGGGUUCUUUUUUUUUGUCGUUUUGUGUUGGGAGUAGAAGAGAAUCAAACAAAUUAGGUUACCAGACAAAAGCAAUCUCCUUGAAAAAAAAAACAAAAUGAUAUUUUUCUCUAUUCAGUUGAACAGAGGUACAAACGUGCGGGACAAUCGUUAUUUUGAAAAUAAUAAAGAAGCCGAGUCGAGCAGAAAAUCAAGCGUGCCCGUUUCCUUAAAAAAAAAAGUUAUUUUAUUUUUCUUCUUUUGUUUCGUUUUUAUUUUAUUUUUUUGAAGACAAAAUUUAAAAACUUGCGCAGAAAGGCCUUUGAACUCCUCACCAAUCGACCACAUGCUGGUGAACGGAGUCUUGCAAUCACCCUUCCUGAGUUGCACGAUUCAAUAAAAAAGACCCCCAAAUGAGAAAAAUUUAAGUCGCUAUAGCUGGGCUUCAGCCGAUUCUGUUCAAGAUUCCCUUUGCUUUUCUAUUUUGCUAGGUUUUUUUUUUGUCUAGGGCGGUCCCUCUCCCGCGUUUCAAGCUGAUCGGCCCCGUUAGUUUUUUCUUCAUCGCCAGACACUUGAGACAGCGAAUAUAUUAUUAUUAUCCCUUUGGCUUUAAUUUUUUCUUUUUUUUAAAUCCUUUUUUUGGCGACGCGCAUUCAUCAUUGCCCACACAGACACACCAUAUACAUUUAUACUUGCGUACACAGCUUUUGUCUCUAUUUGCAUAUUGAAUAUAUCGCUCCCUUCUUUCGCAUUAGUCCCAUCAUACCAACUAAGAUUGUUUGUUUGUUUUAUUUUAUUAUUUUUUCAAAGAUGGGAAAUUCUCUUUUUGUGUCAAACAAAUGCGGAGCCCCCGAAACGAGUUAGUAAAUCCAACUCUCGCCGAUGCGUUCUUCAUUUCAUCCAGCAAGUUUUUCAUUCAUUUCCCCGAAAUCGUUGCGACAUCAAUUAGAUAAAUCCUCCUGUUUGUUUCUUUUUUUCCCUCUCUAUUAUUAUACGAAGAUGAAUGAUCCCCCUCAUCCCGUUUUGACAUGUAGUCGUUCGCUGUCUCGUUAACCAAAAUCACGUAGCUUAAACAUAUAACUAUAGUUGAUAUAGCUUCGCUCGCCCGUGAGAGAGAGCAUCAUUUUCAUUAAUGUACCGAUGUUGUCCGCGCAUCGAACGGUGGCGGUAAUAGAAUUUUUGCAGAUUUUUUUUUCUCUCUCUCUCUCUACUCUCGCUCUCUCUCUUUUUACCAUCCCCGUUUCGCUCUCAUUAUCUUCCCGUUGAUAACGCAAUCGAAAACGAUCGCGAUGCUUUGUGCUUUUCUCUCCUUUUUUAUUUUUUCUCGGAUUAUUAUCGAUAAUAUUGUGGACAUUGUUUUGCUCUCCCUCUCUCUCUGUCGGAACUCUUUGCUUGACAACAUGGGAAAACAAUUUUGCGGUUGCGAAUGCGGAUUAUUUUUUUAUUUUUAUUUUUUUUCUCAUGUAGGAAACACAACCACACACAAGGCGCACUCGCUUCAAUGCCCUCCCUCACACCUCCCACUUUUUGCUAACGUCCAGUAGAUUUCCAUUGGAACAGGAAACGGAACUUUUUUUUUUAAUUUUUAUUUAAUUUUUGUUUGUUCGUUUUUUUUUUCAAACCCCCUUUUUCCGAACGUGCAAAAAAAAACCAACAAACAAUACGAACACACACUUUAGAAAUUCCUUGAUUUUUUCUUUCACUUUCAAAAAGGCCGCCAAAACUACAAUUGUCAAAAAACAAAACAAACAAAACAAAACAUAUAGAACCGUCAGCAUUCCUACUCGACAAAAAUGUUCGUUUCUCUUAGAAAUUUCAAAAUUUUCAGAGGUCGAAAAGUUAAAAGAAAGACAGCUGAUAGUAGUCUCCUUUUUCAAAAUUUUUGCGGAGGACAAGAGUUCAUUCGGACUGAGUUGUGAUACGCUCUUUUUUCGACACAUAUAUAUAAAUAUACAUAUAAUAGAAAAAAAAGCAAAACAUGUCGUGGUCGGAAGACGUGUUUUUUGGGAGUCCCACUGAGAGAAUUUUCUUAUAGAGUUGAGAAAUAAGCCCAUUUUUGUAAUUUUUUUUUAUUUUCAAUUAUUAUUAUCAUUAUUAUUUUAUUUUUCAAAUCGUGAAGCAACCAUUUAUUAAAUCCUGUAUCGGUUUCCCACAUCAAGAGUUUUUUUUACCAUUAUUAUUCAUUUAGAACAGAUUAUGAAAAUUGAUUGUGUGACAUGUUCUUUAUUUUUUUUCCUUAAUAUUCUUCCAUUUCGGAGUUUCUCUUUAUUAUAUACUUGACUCGUGUCUUUGUUAUCAUGAAUAUUGUGUAAGCCAAGUUAAAAAGAAGUUGUCAUCUCAUCAACCAUAUGAUUACUGUACCCCCCCCAUUCGACGAUUUGUUCUUUAUUUUUCCGGUAAGGCCAGUGGCGCGGUGCAGAUUCUAAAAUGUUUUCGAUUUAUCAUUUUUGUUGUUUCGUUUUUUUUUUCUUUCUUUCUUCUUUCCCUGUUCCCCCCUUCACUUUUUUCCCCUCUACACCGCUCUAAAAUUAUGAUAUUCUCACACCCUUCUCUUAUAUAUCCAUCUAUGGACGGUGGGCAUUAUAUCCGAAAAAAAAGAGUCUGAUCGAGUAAAAGUUAACUAAGUGUAUGCAAAUUGAUCGAUGAAAAAAAGAGGAAAAAAAAAUACUCGUAAGUGAACAAAGAAAAAAGGGCAAACAAGUUAUUUGUGAAUGUUAACACUUCAUCAUGGUUGUUGUUUUGCUGGGUGUGUUCUUUCCCUCCCCCCCUUUGAUUCAGUGGUGAACCGAAAGACAUUCGGUUCAGAGUUCGUUGAAUUAGUUAUUGAAAAGGAGAGGCAAUUGAGAAAAAAAAAAUCAGACAUAUUUGAAGUAAUAAAAAGUAAGGGUAAUGCGUGACUUGUUUCAUCGAACUUAUUUGCAUGUUGAUUUAAAAAACAAAAAAAAAUAAAAAUAAACAAACAAACAAAAAAAAAAUUAUAUUUCGUUGUGCUGAGCCUGGAUCGAUGGGACGAGUCGUUUUUAUAUACGGGGGCCGGUUGAAUGCCAAUGUGACAACCAACCAGUCUCAUCAUCGUACAUCAUAUUAUAAUCAUUUGAACUUCCCCCUUCUUCCCUCAUAUUCUCUAUAUCCACCGACAACACACACACACAAUGUACUCAUUUAAAUUUCGGCGAACAACAUGAACAAUUCGAAACAUGUUGGUCUUUCAGUAAGUUCAAGUGUAUUGUGGGCAUGUAAAAAGUAAUACAUUAUCAAAAAAUCA